AUGCCUCCCCGACUCCCCACGCCGUGCUCCGGCUCGGCCAUUGCGCACACCCUCCUCCGCCCCUUCUCAUCCUCCGCCUCCGCCGCUGCCCCCCGCGAAGGCCACCACACGACUCCGAGCGCCAACACCUACAACAACCGCCUCUCCAACCUCAACAACAACGGCCCUCCCCGGGGAGGUAGUGCACCAGCGCGCGGUGGAGAUGCUGCGAUGCGAAUGCUCGAGCGCCACAAGACUCGCUCGGCUACCUAUGUCCGCGAGAAGAUGGCCCAGAUGGAGUUCCUCAAGAGCCAGAAGAUGUCCAACGACUACCUCAAGCAGAUGCCCCGCCGAUGGCAGGCCGGUGACGUCUACUCGCCGCACGAUCUGAGUCCCAUCGAGAUGCAGAAGUGGCGCAAGAGGUCACUGCCCAACAGCGAUGUUGUGGACUCCCUGGGAAUCAACCCUCUGGACAUGUACAAGAACUUCUCGCUGAUCGAGCACUUCACCACCCCCUCCGGGAUGAUUAACCACUCUAAGUUGACCCGCCUCCGGCCUGUCAACCAGCGCAAGGUCGCCAAGAUGGUUCGCCGCGUCCAGGGCAUGGGCCUCUAUCCCACGGUGCACGCCCACCCCGAGAUGCUGCGCGACCAAUUCUUCUCGUCCCGUCAACGAUAA